CACACCAGUGUUACGGUUCCUUCCUUCACUCAUGUCUCUGCCGCCUCUGGUUUGUUCCGUUAGUCUCUUCCUCUCGCCUCCUCUCUCACAAUGUUUUCUUCACUACUGGUUUAUGUAUCAAAAUUUGCAGCGGGUUCAUCCACACCUCCGAACAUCCACCUUCUCCUGCAAUUUGAUGGCGAAUGGGAUGGUAAAGGUGUUUUUUCUUACGCAUAUGCUUAUGAGAUUGACAUUCCGAUUCAGACCCAUUAUGAAGACUUUCUGGAACUGGUUCGUACUACGGUUCCGUCUUCUUAUGAAAAUUCUGUUUUCAAUAUCUCGUAUAUGUCUAAUUCAUCCUCAAGGCGUGUCGUCAUUGAAGAUGAUGUGAGCCUUCUCGCCUACCUUUGUUUGAAGAGCACCUAUCCCUCUUUACGCGAAUUUCCUUUGUGCGUGGAAGUAUAUCAUUUCACAGAAAUGGGCGUGUCUAAUGGAGAAUCAGUCCCCACCGAAGGUCUGCAGACAUUACCAGGUUAUGAUUGUGAGGUAGACUCAACUACUCAGGAAGAAACUGAUUCAGAUGGCUCAAUGCGUGAUGUUCUAGGAAACGAAACCACUAUCUGCGGAGACAACAUCUCAUCACGGUGUGAUUUGUCUAAGGAGUCAUUAUUUGUCACCUAUAAUGUAGAUGAGAUUUCUACGCAUAAUGACCAUAACAGAGAGUUGGUUUCCUGGAAUUCUAUUGACUCCAAUCCGUCUGGUUAUGUGAUGUCCCAGCAAGAUAUUGACUCAUUAAAGGAGAUGCACGUAACAUCUCGGUUUGAUCCAACUAGGAUUGUCGUUGGUGCCAUAUACGCUAGCAAAAUGGACCUCGAUUAUCAUUUGAAGAUGCUUGCAAUUUCCGACUGUUUCUAGUACCGGACCAGAACUUCCAAAAAAUCUGAGCUGCAUGUUGUGUGUGUUGACUUCCCUCGUUGCCAAUGGGCUGUUCGGGCU